AUGCAUUUGGGGUUGCGGCGUCUUCUUGCUUUGUCAACAUCCAGGCGUGUGCUUCCCGGUAGUCAUACUUCGUAUUUCUGCUUGGAGCACAAGAGGCACUUACUGCACCUUUCCUCAAUUAAACUGAAUGCUUCUGGGAACUUUUUCGCUGGAGAUGCUUUUGAGGAAGAAGAAAUACAACAACAACAACGCCAAUUAUUACAUGAAGAAAGUGAACAACAAGAAAAAGAAGAAGAGUUUAUCAAUAACACUUUAUCUGUGGGGGAUAAGAUGAAGAGUGAUACAUUUAUAGCUGAGGAAAAGACGAAUGUGCCGUUGCAAGAAAUGAGUGAAACUGCAUCCCUUCUUAUCUUGCGAGAAACAGUGCCGCUGACAAGUUCUGAUGAUCUUAAGGAACUUCUUAAAGGUUGUAAGAACGCUAAAGAAGUGAGACAUGUGCUUGAUACUGUUUUAUACCGAAAUCCUCUCACACGUGAUGUGUUGAAUGGUCAUGGUUAUCGAGUGGCUGUGCUACAGGCUUUAACAGCAAUAGCUCCACGUACUCAAUGUCUACAUGAGUGGUUUGAAUGUGUGGAUAAAUUUCGUCGACUAGGAUUUGUAUUAACUCGUACUUUCGCUGCUGAAGGGUUUACAUUAAUACGUCAAUGGCUUUCUCAACAUUUUAGUUUUGAGGGUCGAUCACCACUUCUCGUCACAGAGGGUAUUUCUCAUAUUCGUGAACUUGUUCAGAUGUGUAAAGAAGAUCGUCUUGUUUUUGAUCAUGUCUUAUACACUCGUAUUGUUUUUUUACUCACUAUGAUUGUAGGUUUUUUUGAUCGACAGAACAUUUACCGAUCUUCUUUCCCAGAAAACUUUUCAAAACGUGAUGGUGUUGUAGUUGAGUGGGUCGUUAGUUGUGAAAGAUGUGUUGACUUUGAUGAAUGUGUUCUUCAGUGUGAUGCCGUGCUAGAGGAGAUGCUAGAAAUGCUACGGAAUGAUAUUCCAUCACGACCUAACUUUAGCAUAAUGUAUCGGUUAAUUGAUUACUAUUUUGCAACAGACAAUGUAGAAAAGAUGAUUGCUGUCAUGGAGGACACGGAGAGUUAUGGUAUUGGCAUUGCCGAAAGUAGUACAGCCAAAUUAAUGCAAUUGGCGUGUGCAUUAAAUUAUCCAAAUGUACCGGAACUCUUUGUACGUUGGCGAGUUUCACUACCGCAGUGUGUAUUAGCCGCACCGGAUAUGAGUCGGUUGAUGUUUUACUAUUCCCGUUCAGGUGGAGGACGAUCAUGUCCAGUCUGCGGUGAGCCGUACAAUCACCGCAAUGUCAGUGUUUACAUUUGGCAGAAGACUCCCGAACAUCAGCGGAAUUGUCCAGCGUUGAUGGAUGCCCGGCGGCGUAAAGGUGUACUGGACGAUAAUAGAGAACUUCCACAGAAUCAAGAUUGGAGUGAAAUGGCCUUUGGACUGUGGGAGAUGUCGCAGAGCCGAGCCAUAGAGUGGGGCGUAGUGGAAUGGCGUAGUUUUCUUCUCUGUUGUAUGUUUUCCCCUCGUGCCUUGGAGGCGAAGAAAUUAAUAGAUGAACACUUUGAUACGGCCAAGAUGGAUGACUUCCUGCGGGCUACAUAUAUUCGUUUAUUACGGCAUAAUGCCCCAGAGAAGGUCUUAUCUACAUUAAGUCUUUGGCGUGAGAAGAGUCAACGGACAUCACCUAUUGUCUUGCAGGAGUCUCUCAUGUGUGCGGCGAUGGUGGGAGCUGAAAAGGAACGCUGGAAGGCCAUGAAAGAGAUUUGGAAAUCUCUAUUAGAGAGAGAUAGUUAUGUGAUGCCAUUUACGAAACGGUUAUUGCAAAAACGUUUAAAAGAAUUACGUGCACGUCCAUCUGGUGUAGCAGACGAAGAAGUUGCCUUAUUUGAGGAAAUGAUUGGAAUGCAACCACGACAUCUCUCUCUGUUAGAUAUGAAGGAUAGUACAGGAGACUUUGUGGUGGGCACUUCAAAGAAAAACGCCUAUAUCCCUGCUACUGUUGCUAGACGAAACGAUACAACACGACAGCAGCGUAGACGCGUGUAA